AUGAAGGAAGUCUGGGAUGUCUACAAGAGGUCACCCAAGGACGACUGGACCGACAUCGCGGAUCCUGCUGAACGAAAGCGUGUACAGAAUAGACUCGCGCAACGAGCAAGACGUAGAGCUCUGGUCCCGUCUCAUAGAGCGACCGCUAAUCAGGAUCACAGUUCGUCGCCCUUCGACGAGGAGCUAUGUAGUCUGCUUCUCCCGGAUACUGAUCUGGGAGUGAUACCGUUUUCGCCGCCUGCCCCGGAUACGGAUACUAGGUUCAUCGUGAUGCAAGCCAUGACUACGUCUUCAGCCUUUUGGUCAAUCGGCCAGAUGCUCGAGCUCAAGUGCUCACAGGAGAGUGGCUUCAACAUCGGCACGAAAGCCUCGUGCUUGCCGCCAUCUUUGCGCCCAACGUCUCGUCAGCUGACCCAACCUCAUAGACCCUACAUAGACAUGAUGCCUUGGGCUUCUCUGCGAGAUCGAAUUCUGGCCAACAUCUCGGUGAUCAACGAGAUGGAGUUCAUCAACGAUAUGCUAUCAGAGAACUUGAAAGUCUGGGGUCCAAUGCCAUGGGAUCCAAAGUCGUGGGAGUUCGAUGGUGAGAUGCUUCGAAAGUGGUGCACCACAUCUGCAUACCAUCAUAUCACCAUGGGUGGCGUUUUGGCACAGCUUUUCCCCGGCCGCCCACACUUCACCGAAGCCAACGUUGGCUCACUCCAGGGCAAGGUCUUCAUCGUCACCGGCGGCAAUGCUGGUGUCGGUCUCGAACUGGUCAAAAUACUGUACACGAAAGGAGCCAGGAUCUAUCUCGCCGGACGCUCGCCGAUCAAGAUCACCCAAGCCAUUGAACGCAUCGAGAAGAUUCCGACCGAAACAGCUGGCGAACUGAAGAGCUUGAUCGUCGACUUCAACGACCUCACAACAAUAGCCGCAUGCGCAUGCGACUUCAGGGCCCAAGAGUCUCGCCUCGAUGCCCUUUGGAACAACGCAGGUGUAUCUCAACAGCCUCCAGGCAGUACGAGCGUUCAAGGCUACGAACGUCACAUGGCGGUCAACUGUCUAGGUCCAUAUCUUCUCACCGAGCUCCUUCUCCCAGUCCUCAAGCAGACGGCCCAGACCUCGCCUAAAGCAACCGUACGAGUCGUCUGGGCAACCUCUGGCAUUGUAGACAUGAUUGGAGUUCCAGGCGGUCUCUCCCUCAAAGAACAGCAACCAGGCAAACACUCGCAAGACAUGAACCACAACUACAGCGCCUCUAAGACAGGCAACUGGUUUCUCGCCUCCGAGCUAGACAACCGGAUUCGCUCGGCAGGAAUCGUGAGCGUUGCACAGAGCCCUGGUACGCUGAGGACUACUGGCAUGGACAAAGCCCCGUUCCUAAUGCGUGCAAUGUUGAGCAUCUUCAUGCACCCACCUAUCCGAGGUGCUUACACCGAACUCUGGGCGGGUCUGUCUCCAGACGUCAAGGCUGAGGACAGCGGCCGGUUUAUCAUUCCUUGGGGACGAUGGCAUCCGGCUCCGAGGAAAGACUGCUUGGAGAGUUUGAAGUCGAAGGAAGAAGGUGGGACUGGUCUUGCAGCAGAGUUCUGGGACUGGUGUGAUGAGCAGACGAAAGGCUAUGUGUAG